UACCAAGGCCUCGACCACCCGAUACAUAACAAGGUCAUUCUCUUCGCAUCACAACAUCCUACCCUCGACCACCCCGUGCUGGACUCGAGAUUUUCGAGGGGAUCGGUGUUUGAAACCUUCUUUUUUCAACUGGGAUUGGAAUGAUACAGCGCACUACCGCAACAAACUAACCCCAUUACAUCUCUUGAACUUUGGGAGCCGAUAUUCACAACCUCUCGUACUACCAGACACACAAGAUCACUGACGGGUUAUACCGUACGAUUGGUUAACGGGGGAAUCCACGGGACAGGACAUAGGUGGAAAUAUUUCCGCCGUCGCUAUAGUCACUGCGAUACUCAGUGCAACAGCCGCCAUGUCAGCUACUGGACCACCAGCGACUGGAGGAGGUGCUUCUGGCAAGCAAGGAGGGAAAGGGGAGGCCAUUCCUGGAACUGGAGGCAUCGACCCGAAUCUGCAGAAUCUGCUCCUCUCAAACUAUCUCUUCUACACACUUGCUUGCAUCUCCGCUGCCCUCAUCAUCUGGAGAGUCAGCAAUGGCGUGUUGAAGUUUGUCCGCCAUGUGGCAGGUCUGAACAACGAGACACAACGUUAUUUUGCCGCGCCGUCGGCAAAGCUGUCAUGGUUGAAGAAGAACAUCCUCUACGCUCCACUCUUCAGCAAGCGCCACAACCGCGAGUUCCAACUCAGCUCUGCAGUCAAUGUCGGAACACUCCCUACGAGGCUGCAAUCCGUCUUUCUGAUCGGCUACUUCGCCACCAACGUCGCCUUCUGUGUCAUUGACAUACCCUUUUCCGGCUCCCAGACCGAGGCUCUUGCCUUGCUUAGGAAUCGGAGCGGCGUUCUCGCCGUUGUCAACAUGAUCCCUCUCUUCAUUAUGGCUGGCAGAAACAACCCACUGAUCCAGCUGCUGGGUAUCUCCUUCGACACCUUCAACCUCCUCCAUCGGUGGUUCGGGCGUAUUGUCAUCCUGGAGUCUGUCACCCACACACUUGCCUUCCUUGCCAGCAAUGCCUCCAAGAAGGGAUGGGGUGCUGCUUUCACAACCGCCACCACAGUCCCAUACAUGCUGUAUGGUUUUAUUGCGACUUGUGCUUUUAUCGCCAUCGGGAUCCAGUCAAUGAGUGUCUUGAGACAUGCCUUCUAUGAAUCCUUCAAAUUGGCUCACAUUGCUCUUGCCAUUCUUGGAGUGGUUGGUGUCUGGUACCACCUGGACCUGAAGAAGUUCCCUCAGAUCAAGUACAUGUAUGCUGUGGUCAUCCUCUGGGCACUGGACCGCCUUGCUCGCCUUCUGCGUGUGGGUUACUACCAGCUAGGCUCUGGCAGCACUAGGACACUGGUGGAGGCCCUUCCAGGCAAGGCUUGCCGGGUGACAGUGACAAUGGCUCGCCCCUGGUCUCUCCGCCCUGGCCAGCAUGCAUACCUGUACAUGCCGAGCAUCAGCUACUGGCAAUCACACCCCUUCUCUGUGGCCUGGACCCACGAGGCAGAGCAGCCAGACAGCGAGAAGCUGCCCAUGGACCGACAGGAUGUGCUUGCCAUGAAGAAGACCAGCAUGUCCUUCAUCAUCCGGGCUCGCACAGGCUUCACCGGCACACUGUACGAGAAGGCAGCAGCAAGCAAGGAUGGAAGGAUGGUUACCACAUGUUUGGUCGAGGGGCCGUAUGGGGGCCUGCACGGAAUGGGCUCAUACGGAACGGUGAUGCUCUUUGCAGGAGGUGUGGGCAUUACACAAGCAGUACCCCACAUUCGCGAUCUCGUUGUCGGAUACAGCAACGGGACCGUGGCUGUGCGCAAGGUGGUCCUUGUUUGGAUCAUCCAGAGCCCUGAGCACCUCGAGUGGAUCCGGCCCUGGAUGACCGAGGUCCUGUCCAUGGAGAGGCGCCGUGAGGUGCUGAGGAUUAUGCUCUUCGUCAGCCGGCCACGGUCAACGAAGGAGAUCCACAGCCCUAGUGCCACGGUCCAGAUGUUCCCCGGCCGGCCCAACAUCGACACUCUCCUGGGCAUAGAGAUGGAGAACCAGGUUGGAGCCCUAGGGGUCUCAGUGUGUGGCCCUGGUGCCCUCAGUGAUGAGGUCCGGAGAGCAGUCCGGAACAGGCAGUACCAGGGCGCCAUCGACUUCGUUGAGGAGGCUUUCACUUGGUAAAUUUGGCCAGGUGUGUCAGGCAUAGCUCUGCGCUGCCUGACUUUGUUACGCGUGCAUGCUUGCACAUGUUGUGCAUAUUUGUGUGCUUAUCAUUGCCAAGGGUUUCCACAUCAUGGUUUGGAUGCUACAACAACUGUCAUUCCCCAACAUGGAUGGCCCUAUGGGACCUUCUUGUAUAUGCUUGAACUUUUCAUUAUCUAUCUUAUCAGGACUGGGAGCGGGUAGGAAGACGGGAUAACUCGUUGGUGUCUCAAAAGAAAUAGGCGUUCAUCUAACAGCCUACAGAACAUACAUAUAUCCUGUCUUUAUGGAUUAGAAUAUGCUUUUGGUGAUUCACCGAGUCUCACAUUCCGAGUGCAUUGGAAUAUACAUACAUGUGACAUGGUGAUAUUUGCUCUAAGCUCUCAACUACCAACUUUGAGUCUAGACAGUCUUUGCUAAGUU